AUGUCUUCGCUUUCAUUCCUUCUCACACCUCGAAGCCGCAAAGUAGAAUUCGAUGUAGAAAUUAUAAUUCACGAAUUGACCAACAUUCCUUCAGUAUCUGGGUUAUACUACGUGAAAUGGAGGUUGAAAAAUGGAAAUAAACGGCACGAUGUAACUCAAAG